UGCACCGCCCCUGUGUGUGCCUCCGCCGCCGGGGUGUGCCUGUAACUGGAAACGAACGCACCGGACACCGCCCACCACUGAAGCUACCGCCGUCUCUCAAUGUUCCUAACGACAGCUAGCUACCAGCCGGCUAACCAGUUCCUGUGUGUGAGUGUGUGUCCUUCAGUCUGUAAUGGCGGCAGGUGGGAACCCAGGUCCGCGGGCGACAGACUGCGUGACCAAGGUGGCACUGAGCAUCUCCUGUGAGAAUCUGCUCGACAUGGACGUACUCUCAAAGUCCGACCCGAUGUGUGUGCUUCUUAUGAACAGCUCUGGGCCCCACUGGUGUGAGAUUGGCCGGACAGAGAAAAUAAACAACUGCCUUAAUCCCAGUUUCUCCAAGACGUUUGUCAUCGACUACUACUUUGAGAUGGUGCAGAAGCUGAAGUUUGAAGUGUACGACAUCGACAGUGACAACAGCAGCCUGCAAGAUGCUGACUUCCUGGGAGAACUGGAGUGUAGUUUGGGACAGGUUGUGUCCUCGAAGAAACUUAGACGUCCACUUGUCAUGAAGGACAAGUCGCCUGCAGGAAAAGGAACCAUCACUAUCUGUGCAGAGGAGAGAACAGACAACAGGGUGGUGGAAUUUGAAAUUGCAGCUAGAAAACUGGAUAAAAAGGAUUUCUUUGGGAAGUCUGACCCUUUCCUGGAAUUCUUCAAGCAGACAGAAACUGGAUGGCAGCUGGCUCACAGGACAGAGGUGGUGAAAAACAACUUAAACCCAACAUGGAAACGAUUCCGUGUCCCAAUGCAAUCACUCUGCGGAGGAGAUGUGGAGAAAACUAUCAAGGUUGACUGUCACGACUACAACAACAGCGGAUCUCACGACUUCAUCGGAUCCUUCCAGGCCACACUCUGCCAAAUACAACAGGCUUCACAGACGUUUGCGGCGGAGUUUGAAUGCAUCAACAUUAAGAAGAAACAGAAGAAGAAAGGAUACAAAAACUCUGGUGUUAUCGUCAUAAAACAGUGCAAGGUUGUGAAGGAGUACACGUUCCUGGAUUACAUAAUGGGUGGCUGCCAGAUUAACUUCACUAUUGCUAUUGACUUCACUGGUUCCAAUGGAGACCCCAGAUUACCUGUAUCCCUCCACUACAUCAACCCUCAGGGCUAUAAUGAAUACCUGGCAGCAAUCUGGGCAGUGGGUAAUGUCAUCCAGGACUAUGACAGUGACAAGCUAUUCCCUGCUUUGGGUUUUGGAGCCCAGAUCCCUCCGACAUGGCAGGUCAGCCAUGAGUUUCCCAUCAACUUCAAUCCAUCAAAUCCGUUUUGUACAGGUAUAGAAGGUGUGGUGCAAGCCUACCAGCAGUGUCUUCCUCAGGUGAAGCUUUAUGGCCCCACAAACUUUUCUCCAGUCAUCAACCAUGUGGCCCACUUUGGCAGACAAGCCCUGCAGCAGGAUACUGCCUCUCAAUACUUUGUUUUGCUCAUCAUCACUGACGGAGUGAUCACAGACAUGGACGAGACCCGCAACGCCAUCGUCAACGCCUCUCGUCUGCCAAUGUCUAUCAUCAUAGUCGGGGUAGGGGGGGCGGACUUCACUGCCAUGGAGUUCCUGGAUGGAGAUGAUGGAAAUUUACGCUCGGCUACAGGCGAGGCUGCCAUGAGGGACAUUGUGCAGUUUGUGCCAUUCAGGCAGUUCCAAAAUGCAGGGACUGCAGCCCUUGCCCAGAGUGUACUGGCAGAGUUGCCCGAUCAAGUGGCCUCCUUCUUCAAUUUAUUUGACCUGAAGCCUCCCAACGAACCCAGUCCUUCCUAGAACUUUAGGAGGGUCCUCAAGAAAUGCUCGCCCAGAGUGUCUUGGCAGAAGUCCCAGGUCAGGUGACGGGCUUCUUCAACACCGUGGGUUUGAAGCCACCCCACAGCGACACACCUCUCCCUGACCUCUCAGCAUCAGCACCCCCCAGUGAUGCACCUUGAGAAUCAGCUUUUCUCCUCAAUAUCACACCUACAAAGGCCACUUAAACUCUGGAAAAGGUCCUUUUCUUUCAUGUGUAUUUAUUACUCAUAACGUGGUUAUACAAGCAUGUGAAAAGAUGUACUAAUAAUCCAUAGAAUAAUAAUCUGAGAUCCAUAGUUGACAAAGCCAGAUUACCCCCGAAUGUUUCCUAAUGUUUGUUGACUUCCCUAUAGUGUAGAUAUUUAUAGAUAUUAAUAUGACACAUAUAUAUGACUCCAUGUGACUCAAGUGCCAGGAUUUUUCAGAGUUUAUUAUUUCUUAUUUUAUCACUUCGCUAAUGAAUCAGUUGAAUUGUGUGUGACUUGACUCAAGGUCUUUGGUUUCAGUAGAAAAACUGAGGCACCUUCAAACGGCCAUCUGGUCAGUGAUAAACUGAAACCCAUGAAAGGGAAGGAGUUCUCCAUGUGUUUCUGCUUAUGUGUUUCCAUAUUACAGUGAACACUCUGAAUGAAGCAGUUUCCAUUGACACCACAGACCUUGGUCAAAGUUUUGUUUUUGCCAAACCCCAGGAAAUCUUCAGUGAUGUUUACGUAUGAGAAUUCAACGGAUGAAUAGAUUUCAUAUCUUUUGUAGAUUUUGCACUACAGAAGUUGCUGCAAUGUAUCCUUGCUGAUGUUUUUGCACGUCUCUCUUUCUAUUUUUGAGGUCAUGUAUGGUGCUUUUAUAUACGAACGUUAGACCAAGAGAAUCUCAAGGAGCCAUUCUCUACACUAGUGGACAGGCUCAUAUGGUAAAACACGUGUUUACAUAACAAAGCUCAAUCUGUCUUAACAGGAGAAAGUAAAACCUCAAACUCAACUGACUGUUAUGAAAAUGAACUGUCUAUGUUUAUACACUGCCUGGCCAAAAAAAAAAGUCCCUACCAAAAAAAAGGUCACACACUCUUAAUAUUUCAUUGAACCGCCUUUAGCUUUGAUUGCUGUACGCAUUCGUUGUGGCAUUGUUUCGAUAAGCUUCUGCAAUGUCACAAGAUUUAUUUCCAUCCAGUGUAGCAUUCGUUUUUCACCAAGAUCUUGCAUUGAUGAUGGUAGAGUGGUACUACUGCGCAAAGCCUUCUCUCUCUCGCAAUUUGAGCCCGAUGAAUCCGGGCAUUGUCAUCUUGGAAUAUGCCUGUGCCAUCAGGGAAGAAAAAAUCCAUUGAUGGAAAAGCCUGGUCAUUCAGUAUAUUCAGGUGAGAUUCAGCUGACCUCUUCUUUAGGUACAUAAUGUUGCUGAACCAACUGCAGCAGCCCCAGAUCAUAGCACUGCCCCCACAGGCUUGUACAGUAGGCACUAAUCCUGAUGGGUGCAUCACUUCAUCUGCAUAAAUCCUGGUGGCCAGGCAGUGUAUAUCAGUAUGUUAAUUAUCACUAUAUCAAGUGUACAUCUCGUUUCUUGCACUGAUUAUCGUGCCAUUGCCUUAUACAUUAUAUAUUUGUUUAUCAUUGAUUUUAAACAUAUUUUAUGUAAAUGUUAUAUAACAAGAAAACAAUAUCAAAUUUGACUAACACAAUGUAUCAGUAUUGUUUUUUUUAUGUUUUAUGUGCAACUUCCUUAUUGUCAUGACAUUAAAAACAUACUUUAUGUUUUUACACCUC